AUGACAUCCCACCACCGCCUUUGGACCUUCACGGCGCGCGGCCCGCCUUCGUCCGUUCUCGCAUUCACGUCCGGCCCAGCGCCAACCCUGCCGCCCCGUCUCCCGCUGCCGCGCGACUCGCCCACCCCCGAGGAAUGGAUCCUCGUCAAGGUGGCCUUUGCCGGGCUCAACGUCGGCGCCAUCUUCCAAAUGACGCUGAUCCCGGCCCUUCUGCGCGCCGACACCUGCACGCCCGAGAUGGACCUCAGCGGCACCGUCGCCGACGUGUGGCACCCGGACGCCGACGCCGCCAGCUCCCGCUUCGCCCGGGGCGACAAGGUGGUCGCCAUGCUGCCGGCCUCGCACGCCCUGGCCACGGGCACCGGCGCGCUGGCUGAGUACGUCGCCAUCCCCGCCAAGUACGCCGUCCGCAAGCCCGACAACGUGAGCUUCGCCGACGCCGCCGGCUGCCUGCUGACGGGCAUGACGGCCGCGCAGCUGGGCGCCGACGACGUGGUCGACUACACGCUGCACGCCGACCUGGCCGCCCACCUCGGCGCCGCCUUUGCCUCGGCGCCCUUUGACGCCGUCGUCGACACGCUCGGCUUCCAGGCGCUGUAUGCCCGCUCGCCGUCGUACCUCGUCCCCGAGGGCGUCUACUGCUCCGUGGGCAUCAAGCCGCCGUCCUUUGGGGUGCCCGACUUUCUGCGCGCCGUCGUGCAGAUGAAGCUGAACGAGUGGUGGCCCGUCGCCAGGUGGCUCGGCGGCGUGGGCCGGCCGUGGAAGGGCGCGUCCAUGAUGUCGCCUACGCGGGAGGACCGCGAGAGCAUCGUGGGCAUGCUGGCCAGGGGCGAGCUCAGGGUGGUGAGGGACAGUGUGUGGGCGUUUGCCGACGCCGACAAGGCCUAUGAGAAGCUGGGCGGGCGGCAUGCGAGGGGCAAGGUCUUGGUUCGGGUCGAUGGCGGUGUUGGCGAUGAUGAGUGCUAG